ACGACAUAGACAUAGCGGACCACGUUACAUAUUAAGGGUGGACCCUCCAUUGGUAUGGUUGGCAAUAUUUUCCAAAGUUUCAUACUCAAUACUACUCUUCAUACUACAACUUGCAUUCAUUCAUUCUUCUAUCUUUGUAUCCAAGACUUGCUUUCCUUGCCUCUCUCGUUACUUUAAUUUCUCAUAUAUCCUUAGCUAUCUAAUUAGUCUUUAUAAUCUACCCUGUUAUCUCCAAAGUAUCUCACUUGGGUCCGGAAUCAGAAGUACUUAAUAAAUUCUUCUCAGCUAUGAAGAAGCUGUGUCCCAAUCUUGAUCGUGAGGAUGGGCUCGAAACCGUGCUUGAGGUCCCUAUCCCGGAGGAGAUUCUCACCCACAAGAGUGGAACCACCAAAGCUUGGCACAACAUGAAGAAUUGGAUGAAACCACACGCUGAAUCGAGAUCAAAUUCAGCUUCCAUGGCAGCAGUUUUCGGAGGGAAAAACACUGAGAUUCAGCUUUUGUUAGGCGUUGUUGGAGCGCCGUUAAUUCCUUCACCUAUCGCCCCUGACAACCAACCCAUCACUCGCAGCAUUAAAGACCAACACAUUGAGGUUUCAAUGGCUAAAUACAUAGUGAAGCAGUACGUGGCAGCGGUGGGAGGAGAGCGUGCUUUGAAUAGUGUGGACAGCAUGUAUGCUAUGGGGCAGGUGAAGAUGGCAGCAUCAGAGUUUUCAGCAGGGGAAGGGAGUGUGAAUAGUAAGAAGAUGGUGAAGGUGAAGAACUUGCAGAUGAAGGGGGAGGUGGGGGGUUUUGUGGUGUGGCAGAAGAGGCCAGAGUUGUGGUGUUUAGAGCUUGUGGUUUCUGGCUACAAGAUCACUGCCGGGAGUGAUGGUAAAGUGGCAUGGAGGCAAACCCCUUGGCAUCAUUCUCAUGCCUCUCGAGGCCCACCAAGACCUCUCAGACGUUUCUUACAGGGUCUUGAUCCAAGGUCCACUGCUAAUCUGUUCAGCAACUCCAUAUGCAUUGGAGAGAAGACAGUGAACAACGAGGACUGCUUCAUACUGAAACUCGAAGCGGAGUCGUCCACACUGCGAGCAAGGAGCAACAGCAACGUAGAGAUAGUUCGCCACACGGUGUGGGGCUACUUCAGCCAAAGAACGGGCUUAUUAGUGCAACUAGAAGACUCACACUUGCUCAAACUUAAGUCUCACGAAAGCGAGAGCAUAUACUGGGAAACCAACAUGGAGUCCCUAAUCCAAGACUACAGAAGCGUGGAUGGGAUCCAAGUAGCACACGCUGGGAAGACACGGGUGUCCUUGUUCAGGUUUGGUGGGGGACCCGAGACACAUUCCAGGACGAGAAUGGAAGAGGUUUGGCAAGUUGAGGAAGUGGACUUUAACGUUAAAGGGUUGUCCAUAGACUGUUUUUUGCCUCCUAGUGAUUUGAAGAGAGAGGAAGAAGAGAAUGAAGAAUCAUGUGGUGGUGGGGUGGUUGCAAGCAAUAAUAAUAAUAAUGCCAAGUUGCCCUACAAGAUUCGUUCGGCUUCUUUUAGGAUUAGUGCUUCCAAAGUAGCUGCUGUGAACUUGGAUGAUUCUUGUACCAGCAGCGAGAGUGAUGAAGAUUUGUAAAUUAAUCUUUCUUUACGUUCAUUACAUCGUUUUGUAAAUAGGUUAGUACAUGGUCGAGUUUGUAGUGGAGCUAUCAUAUUAGCUUAAUUACUUCUCUUCUCACUACAAACUAGUAUAGGACGAGAAACAAUUUUCAAUACUCAAUAGAAACCUCUAAUUUUGCCUUUUCUUUUUGCCAUCCAAA